CGCACAACGGCGCUAUCCAUGGCUGCCUCUGCCGCCGACGACAUUGCCGAGCUUGCGAUCACCUCGCUUCCCCUCGACACACGGUUCCUCCCGUUCCAUCUGAGGCAGUACGGCGGGUUCUGGCUGUUGGAGGAGUUCCUCAUGGCCGUUCCGGCCGUACACUCGGUCUUCAAGCCGAGGCCGUCGGACGUCCUCCUUGCCAGCUUCCCCAAGUGCGGCACCUCCUGGCUCAAGGCUCUCGCCUUCGCCACGUGCAAGCGGGCCGAGCACCCGCCGCAUGACCUCAACCACUCGCUCCGCCGUGGCAACCCCCACGAUGUAGUCAGGUACCUGGAGAUGGCGUUCGCGCAAUCGACGGACAACAAUGGAGCAGGCGAUGUGUUCGCGGUGCUCUCUUCGCCACGCGUGCUUGCUACACACCUCCCCUACUCUCUCCUGCCAUAGCGCAUCACCGCGGAGGACGAUUCUAAAUCGCAAACCGGAUACGUGUUUACACUGAACGGUGGAGCUGUCAGUUGGUGCAGUUCUAAACAAAGCGUCGUGGCAGGAUCUACGUGU